AUGCGAUUCUCACCUUUCAUCUCUACCGUCCUUUACACCUUUUCAAACCUCACACGCGUCCGCGCACCAAAGUUUGCUGCUUUCCCAGCGCAACACCCACUAGUCACACGUCCGCUGCGUGCUUCUAUGCCAACGAUCCCAUUCUUCGGAGCUCUGUUUGGGUCUUCCUCGUCCUCACAAGACAAGAUGUCUUAUCCCGACAAGCGAUCCGACGAUGAGUGGCGGGCUGUUCUGAACAAGGACCAAUUCCGCAUCCUUCGUGAGAAGGGCACUGAACCCCCCCACACCGGCAAGUAUGACAAGCACUACCCGUCCGAAGGCGUCUACGCCUGCGCGGGCUGCGAGGCUCCCCUCUACAAGGCGAACCACAAGUUUAAGUCCGGCUGUGGAUGGCCGGCCUACUUUGAUUCCAUCCCGGGUGCCGUCGUUCGCCACGAGGACAGGACGCUUGGUAUGCUUCGCACCGAGAUCGUCUGCUCCAACUGUGGCGGUCACUUGGGACACGUCUUCAAGGGCGAGGGCUACGAUACGCCUACGGACGAGAGGCACUGCGUGAACAGUGUGAGUCUGACCUUCUCACCUGACGAGAAGGUGGAGGGUGCCGGCCAGAAUGCUGCGAAGGAGAGCAAGGCUUGA